AUGAAUCGCGAGCCUGUGACCCGGGCGACUAUCACUUCCAACACACAGUCAGACUUUGCUUCUUGUGUGAAUGCAUGUCGAAAUGUGGGUGGCUGUAUUGGGACUUCCUACGUCAUCUCAUCAGGACUAUGCACCUACUUUUCAGCAUUCACGACAGUCAGCGCUAAUACAGGAACAAACGUUGCGUUCCCGGCGAACAUCACAUGUCCGAACCUGAAUGGAUAUAGUUACCUCGACUCUUCUGGUUCGGAGUAUGGUAUCUUGUGUAAUCAGGCUUUCCCUGCGAGCAGCAACAUCACUACUCAAAACGGUUACACAAGUCUGGCGACUUGCAGCAAUGCAUGUUCGUUCAGCGCGGGUUGCCUUGCAUCCUCUUUCGUGAACGGCCAAUGCACUUUCGUGAGCAAUCUCAACACAAACACCAAUUCUGGUCAAAGUCUGCCUGGUGCGGUCAUGUUGGUCCUCCUACAGUCUAGAGCAGUCGAAGUCAUCUCGACCACCGGUCUGGUAUCUCGAAGUACGUCCUACUCGGUUGUGCAAGGCUUGCCCAGCGCCGCUGCGGCGGUACAAAAGGGGCAAAAUCCUUAUGAUGCUGUUGCGAGUGCUUACCUUGGCUGCGGUAACGCGUUCUGGCAACCUAGAUGCGCCACGGCUGCUGCUACAUCUUCGAUCUCCAGAUUCUCGACUAUCUAUAUGCCGACGACUCCGAUGCAGAGCGUCGCUGCUCCAGCAGCUACCUCAAGUGCUGCGACUUCGAGACCGACUUCGACAGCUGUGGCGUCAAGCUCAAUUUUAGGAGUUGCGACUUCAACAACUUCGAGCACGACUCUUAGACCCACCAGUGUGUUCAUUACUACGUCUAGCACUACAAGAUCAUCAUCCACAGCAUGUUCUAAACUGUUGGGUUUGAUACCUGUUGGAUGUUAG